AUGCACCCGAAAGUGCAGGACAAGGAGCUGCUGCGGGUGUCGUCGCUCGUGGACUCGCUGUACUUCAUGGGGAAGUGCAACGAGCCCAUGGACUCGUGGAUCCGGCUGGUGCACUACCUGGCGAAGAAGAAGGUGCCCGGGUUUCCCGAGCAGGGCUACGGCACGUACAACAAUACGUACGUAAUGGAGGCGUUGGCUGCCAAGGCCGCAGCGGAGGCGAUACCAACCUUCAACAUGGUUGACGACGUGAUCCGCGCCGUCGCAGAGUACCUCGGGCGAUCGUCACCGUGGCAUCAGCGGUUCAUGGAGCUGCAGGAGGUGUUCACGUCGACAAACCUCGAGAAGCACGGUCCGAGUGGGUCACCAGAAAUGGUGGUGGAAGGAGCAUCGUCCGACGGCAGUCUCAACCGCUUCAAGGUAAAACUACACGAGCGCACCAACCCGAGCUACCGUGGGCCAGGUCAUCACGACGCAUGCGUGGCGCUCUGCACCGACAUGGCCGAGCUCGUCGUCGAGAACCUCCAGUCCAAGCUCGGCGACCUUGACUCUCUUUCCGGAGCGAGGCUGUUUAUUCCAGACAUGUGGCAACCGCAUUGGGACCGGGACGCACGGCAGGCACAGUGCCUGGAGUGGCUGUUGUCGCUUGUCACGUUGUUUCGCGCAGAUGAAGCCGACGAGAUCCUACCUGGUCAGUUUAUAUGUCACCCCACCCCGUUCCCCCCUUUGACAACGGCUCCUUAA